GAAGUUUUUAAAAUUAUAAAGGAAAUUUCUCUUGCUGUCUUGGGCCUUCUGAGUUCUGACCUAACCAAGCCCUUUAAGACAAAACAAAAAACGUCGUCGUGCUGAUUCAGGCUUCAAUCAGAAGCACCGUUCGCCGUAAAAACAGAAUUGAGUCGCAGCAGCGGCGGCGAGAAAGAGAAUUAGAUGAAAAGAAAUAAAAACAAUGAGAAAAAAAGCCGCAAUAGUAAUAUUGAUCACGACGACGAUCUUACUAAAGCUCAGCAAGACCAGCCGCCGCAACAGCAGCUAAACCCUAACUGGGCUCUUCUCCAACGAAAACUUAUUGCCAAAGGCGCUUCUGCGAAGCCUCGUGAGAAAUCAUUUGCCCCCAAUGGUAACUCUGUUUUAGGAAAGCGGAGAGAGAGGCCGGUUGAGGAGUCCAAUGAACCAGAGGCUAUUAAUAAUAGAAGUCCCCUCACCCCUGCUUCGUCCGAUUUCAGUGUCACAGACACAAUAGCCAUGGAUUGCGAAAUGGUCGGUGUCAGCCCUCUUGGGAAUAAAAGUGCACUUGGAAGAGCCACACUGGUUAACAAGUGGGGAAAUGUUAUAUAUGACGAGUUUGUUCGUCCGGUGGAUUAUGUUGUUGAUUUUCGUACCCAAAUCAGUGGAAUUCGACCCAGUGACUUAAAAAAAGCAAAAGAUUUCCGUGUGGUCCAGAAUAAGGUGGCGGAGUUGUUGAAAGGAAGGAUUCUGGUUGGUCAUGCCUUGCGUAAUGAUCUUAAGGCACUGUUGUUAAGCCAUCCAAAGAUGGAUAUACGCGAUACAGCAGAGUAUCAACCCUUUCUGAAGGAAGGACGCAGUAAAGCACUUAGGCAUCUAGCAUCAGAGUUUCUUAAUGUCGUGAUCCAGAAUGGAGAGCACUGCCCAAUUGAAGAUGCUCGCGCUGCAAUGCUCCUGUAUCAGAAAAAUAAAAAACAAUGGGAGAGGAGUAUCAAGGAUCGUAUACGGUUUACUCAGAAGAUGAAAAAGAGAAAACAUAGAAAAGGAUCAGUUGCGCAGGGAGAUUAUCAAGUGUGAACAAUAAUGGCAUUUUAGCAUAACGUCAAGAAUGCAAGUCAGAACUCAUACUAUUGCAAGUUUUAGGUCCUUUAUGUAUCCACCCUUCCCAGCGGACAUGGGAAAUUACAUGUAACAACAAUUCAAAAAUUAUGUAUCCACCCCUCCCAGCGGACAUGGGAAAUUACGUGUAACAACAAUUCAAAAAUUCAGUAUUAAAAAAACAAUGAGAAAGGACUUGGAUACAGUGACUCGA